AGUGCACUACCAGACUUCUUCGGGUUCUGUUCGAUUCAUUUUGCGUCUCAUAUAGUUUCACUUACUUCCCAUUUGGUUUGAUGAUGAUUGAGUUUGCUGCAUAGAGCUACAUUUUUUUCUCAACCUUACAGCGCCUUACAGUAUCAUUAGAAGUCUAUACAUGUGAAUAUGCGAACGAACAAAGAUGCCUAUUAUCCGGACACUGAAAGAGACUGGUCAUAGCUAUGAGGCUGCAAAACAAAGAUUGCUGGAAGCCACAGCUCACCUACAAGAUGAUGAAGGCGAUACAGCAACCCAUCUGCAAGUGCAUAGAGCACCCAAAAGAAAUAGAAUCAUCAGCGAUUCAUCAUCAUCUUCCUCCUCUUCAUCAGAUGAGAAGCGUGAUGAUGAUGAUGACGGGGACGACGAUGCCGAUGAUGACGAGGAAGAUGACGUCGUAUCUCAGAAAAGACAGCGAGGGAGGGAAAAGAAAUUGCUUCGAAAUCUUGAAAAGGAAAUGAAGAGGAAGAGAACGAUUGUUUCCAUCAGCCGUCCAUCUUUGUACAAGCGCACAGAGACUCAUCCGAUCACCCCGGCAAAACCCAAGGCGAAGAAACCAAAAUCUGCUAUGUCUAUGAUAUCGGCAUUGAAUGAGAGCAGUGAAGAUUCAGACAGCGACGAAGAAUCAGAAGUUGAACUCACUAAAGAAGCUCAGGAAGAGGAAGCGUUCUCACUCUACAAGAAAGCGCUUGAGUUUCAACGUAGUGGAAACGUGGAGAAGGCUCAAGACAUUUACAAUGAACUCCUUCAGACAAGAUUCCUGUCUAAGGUAAAGGUUUCUCCGGAUGAGAGGAGAGGAACAGUGACCAAUACAGCGAUAACCCUGAAAUACUCAAGCUACAAGAAUCUGGGUAAUCUGGCGCUUGGAAAGGACGAUAUGAAUACUGCUAUGGAAAACUAUCUGGAGGCUGUCAAUUUAGACAGUACAGACGUCACUCUCUGGUAUCGGAUCGGCACCGUGGCGGUCAAGCUGAGUCAGCUUGCCUUGGCAAGGGUGGCCUUCGAGCAGGGCCUGAAGUGUUCUAAACUCCAUUGGCCUUGCUUGGACUUUCUCUGUACAAUCCUAUAUGCCAUCAAUGACUAUGUCACUUGCCUGUACUACAUCGCACAAGCCCUGGAAAGAGACAAACGUUACACAAAAGGUUUAGCCCUUAGAGAUCAGAUUUACUCCGAGCAGCCUUGUCUCAGAAGAGAUUGCUUAGAUCUGUUUAAACACUGCGAUGAUGAUGUCUUUUACCAUGAAGUACCCAAAGAUAAGCGAAAAAAGAUAGUAGAUGAUGCAUUGGCCCUGAGGCACACGAGACAAGAGCUUGCCAAACCUCCACCUUUACCUCGAAUCAAGUUCCUUCAACCCUUGACAGAACUUAGGUGGAAGCCUCUUGGAGAAAGACUAAUUGCCCUUUAUGAUCACAUGACUUCAAAGGAUCCACCAAUGAGUCUUGUCACUAUCAUUGAUAUGGAGGAUUACAAGUCUAAAGAACCAGUACCAAAAGAUGUCUCACAAACGAGCGCUGAGAUGGAGUCGUCUCCCGUUCCAAUGGAUGUAGAUCCAUCCAACCAGAAGGCGGCUGGAACAUCCCCGAUCUCAAGCGGAAUAGGAGGGGACAUGGAGAACAGUCAAAUACCCACAGAGACCCCAGGGCACAUGGGAGAGCAGACCCCAGGGCAGAGAGAUGAACCCAUGCCUGAAGCAGAAGAAUCAAAACAAAAAGAUUCUGAAGAGUAUGUGGAUGUAGAAACUGUGUCAGAGACAAAAAUCAACCCUGAUGAGAGCAAGACUAAAGUAGAAGAUGAUGGUUCACCAAAACUAAUGGGAACUAUAGGAAACUCUGCCAGGACCCUGAAGCAGAUUGCAGAAGCCUAUCUGAAGAGCCUGGAUGGAGGAUCCAGACAGGAUGCCACAGUUCCAUCAGCCACAGAAAUGGAAAGAGGGCAGGAACCUCCUGAUAGCACCACUGCAGGGCUAGACUCCACCCCAGCCACUUCAGACCUGCCAAACAUUGAACUGCAGGCAGACAGUACAGCAGGGAGCAGCCAGGAUAGCAUUCAACAGUCUGGUAGGGAGUCUACCCUGUGCGAGUCUUCUCAGGACAAAUCAAAGCUGCAACAUGAUGAUGAAAUGUCUAUGGACGUUGAGGAUGCCAAAUCAGAAAAGAGCCGGAGAGGACACAAGAGGAAGAAAAUGUUACGGGAUAUGCCAGCCCCUGGGAAACGACGCUCAGCUCGGGUCCGUAAUACUACAGUAAAGAAAAAAGAAGAAGAGGAGACAAUAAACUAUACUGAGGUACUCCGUCAGUUCCUUCCAUCAACUCUCUUGGCUAGUGAUGAUGAGGAGGAGGAGUUGGAGCCCAAGAAGUCAGGAGAGAAUGUCGCUGUGGAACCAGAUGUAAAGAAAACAAGGGAAUCCCCUGUGAUCGACAGAGAUGCCUUCAUAGCCGGGGAAUCAGAUGAUGUUCACAGUUUACUGGUUGAGUGUCAGUUGAAUAAUGGCAUCAUUGAUGUCAUGAGCAGGUAUCUUGAAAGACUGGUAGCCAAACACGAUAUAAGAUGGCCUGAUGGACUGGCAGCUGUGUUCCUUGAUGUUUACAAAAGAUUGAGAAAGCAUAUCAGUCUGCCCGAGUUAUUCUGCUGUGACGAGGACGAGAUGGUCGUUCGUGAGAUGAGUAUGAUGUGUCUUCUAUCAGCGGAGUUCAACCUUGAUCGGUGUCUGUCUGCGAAGACUAAUGGUAACACGCCGGCAGCAUCACCAGCCAUGCUUGGUGCAAAUACCACAACUUGCACCUUCAAAUGGGGAGAGCACCAUGAAGAUGAUAUGAUGUACCUCCAGGAACUCACCUUGAUGCAGUACAUGUUGCCAGACCUGUGGCCUGUGGUACCAGCAAGAGUACACUGGCUGCAGGCUCGGUAUUAUCUUCAGAUCGGAAAAACGGCGGAAGGUGAAGAUGCAUUUGAGAGGUGCAAAGAAGUUCUGAAGAGAGAGGAGGAGAAGAGAAUAGAUGAAAGACAGCAAACAAAGGAAGGAGAGGAGGAGGAGAAGAUGGAGAUCAAUGAGGAUGUUGCGAUCGAAGAACAGAGGCCAACUGAAGUUACAGUGACAAACAUCAAACAUGGAGCAUUGAUCUCAAUAGCUAGCAUCACAUCUGAGGUUGAGUCCCUGCAGCGAUGCCAAAGCCUGGAGCAGCUCCAACGUCUGCAUGCCUCAGGGGAACAUGGCAAGGUGGUGGAGCUUCUCCGCCCCACCCUCAGACACACGCCGAAGGCAGUGCGUCCGGAGAAUACCCCAGAGAGAUGCUCCCAGCUUCUUCUGCUCAUCCAGUCUCAGAUGGAGCUAAAAGAUACCAAAGAAAGUAUAUUCUGUUGUGUUCUGGGAAUGGUGGAGACGUGGCAAGGUGUCCAGCGAGAAGGGUUGCAAGCCUUCCAUCAGCUCUGGCUGGAAACCCUCAAUAAGAUUCUUCACCAUCUUCAAACAUCAUUUGAGUGUUGUGAGAUCAGUUCUUUGGGAACAGGAGGAACUGGAUUACUGAGAAAGGCCGUCAACACCUUGAUCAAGAUCAUAGAAUGGACUAUGGAUCAAAAUGAUGUCAACGAGACAACCAAUCCCACAUCAAUCAUGCCAUGGGUUGUCCUAUACCACAUCAUUAAAUAUGAGGAAGACCACUUAGCGGCUAAAAGCCUGCCCUCGUCUGACCAUGAGGGAGCAGAUGGAAGUAAUUCACCCAGCUCCGUUCCAAUGAUAUCAUCUUCCCUCAUGCUACUUGAGAAUGCUCAUGAUUACCUGGGAAGACAAUCCUGGUGUUGUAACUGCGAGGGAGCCCUCCUGAAGCUGUACAUCCGCGUUCUGAGCAGAGAGCUCGGCAAGUUCUCUGAGGAUGAGAGGCAUCCAUUCUCGAGUGACCUUCGACAUACCUUAGAACAGUGUUUCUUUUGUCUUUAUGGACAUCCUACCAAGAAGACUAAGACAAGACAUCUACAGGAUCAUGGAGCGAUUGAGGUCCAACUCGACUGGUCCAACUGCUGCUACAUCUUCGAUUACUUCAAGCCAAAGACCUUCCCAGAGUUUGACAGCUACAAGACCAGUUCCAUGUCCGCCGAGCUGGAAGGCCUCCUGCUCAAGAUCUCUAAGGUCAUCCCGCAGGACACCAGACCUGAGAACGCUCUGGAGCUGGUCCAGGGCUACGUGGAUGGGAGCAACGAGAAGGCCCCGGUGCUACCAGAAGGGUUCCAAGUCUCAAGCACUGUAGUGCAAGAGCUAUACUAUCUCCUGGCUGACUUUCACUUCAAGAAUAAAGAUUUUGGGAAAGCUAUCAAGUUCUACCUACAUGACCUGUGCGUAUCGCCAGACCGGUUAGAUAGCUGGGCUGGUAUGGCUCUAGCUCGGGUCGGGCGGCUUGACCUCAAACUCAAUAACUCGACAGAUGCCAAGAGCGAUGGACCGAUCUUCAAACAUGGCGUCGCUGCGUUGCGAUGUUUUAAGCGAGCACUGGAGAUUGACGCUACCAACUAUUCGCUCUGGAUUGAAUACGGUUCUUACGCAUAUAUCCUUCAUUCACACGCGUCCAGACAAAUUAAACAGAAAGACCAGCUGAAGGUCAGCGACGAAGACGUCGCCUUGUUGAGUGUGAAACAAGGGGAAAUGCUGGAGGAAGCGGAACACUGCUUCAAGCAAGCCUCGAUGUGCGAGGGAGAAGGCGACGAGGAAUGGCUCGUUCAUUAUAUGUUGGGCAAGGUCGCCGAGAAGCGACUUCUGAUGGAAGAGAGCUUGCAACAUUAUCUCAAGGCUAGUCAUCAUCUUCAUGAGAAUGAAGCAAGAUACCCAAAGAAGAUACCCUACCACAACCCAACAGAUUUCUCGUUAGAAGCUCUUGAGAUGUACUUCAGGAUCCAUUCGGCCAUCUUGAAGCUUGUCCAGUGCUCGCUGCCAGGUACAAAGAUCAAGUUGGACGAGUACGGGACACUAGAGGGCCUCGUUCAAGAAGCAGCCCAGCUUCAUUUUGUGAGAGCAGAGGAGAAGAAGAGGGAGACUAGUAGUGAACCAUCAACAGAUACUGAACAGGAAUCGAGGAUACGCCCUUCCAAGCCUGACACGCCCCCGAGCCUUGCCCCUAAGAGGCGUGGCAGCCCCAUCUAUGUUGCCACGCCCCAGGAUCAUGACUAUCUUCAUGAGAAAUACCGCAGAUCUAGGGUCAGCAGCCAAGAGGAUCCGACCACAGAUACCGCUUCUGAGAGUGACAUCUUCUCAGGUGACGAGAGCAUGUCGUCCUUCCUCCAUGCCCAACGUAGCGCCAUCACGCUACGCCCCGUCCCUGCCCGUCGUGCCCUGUCUGUGGCAGAGUCCCAGGCGGUCCCAACGACGCCCGAUAGUACACCCUCUGUUGUUGGGAUAGGAGAAGGGAAACCUGGAGCGGAAGAGGAAACGACCAGGGGAGAUUCUCCUGCUAACCAGCCCGUACAAGAUCAACCUGAAAGUAGAACAACCCCUGAGGACAUCACUGCGACUGCACCUACAGACACCAAGCAAGAGGUCCCUGACAUAGUCAUCUCAAAGUCAAGUCCAGAAGGGCAACCUGCAGCUGGACAGGGUGAAGAUCUUGACAGUGAUCCUUCCACUUUGACUGAUGGAAGGCAGGACCUGACCGAGAAACUUGAUGAGCAGAGGACUGAACUGGAGUCAUCUAUGGCUGUUAGUUUCCCAGAUGAUGUUAAUCCUAAUACUGCAGGACAAGCUGUUGGUCUAGGUGCAGCAGAUGCAGAGGAACCUGCUCCUACUUCCACAGAAGAAGAAACAAGCAAAGGUGAGAAGGAAAAGACUGAUGGACCAGCUGAAGUUCGUAUGGAGGUGGAUGAGCCAGGAGCUGUCCAAAAGAUUGAAGCUGAAGAAUCUAUGGAACAACGUAGAGGACAUCAGGAGGAAGCAGAAGAAGCACUUGAGAGGACUUUGGAGGACAGUGUGGUUGAUGAGGAAAAGAAAACAUUGCUGUCAAGGGAUAGGAUAGGAUCUGGGAAAGGAGAUGGGGAGGUCGACAAAGAGAGCGUUUGUGAAUCUGACGAAAUGGAAGUUAUUGAAGUAGGAAAUAGCAAAGACAAGGAAGCAGAAGGAUUGAUUCCACAGCAAGAGGGGCAAAAACUGAGCGGUGAUGCGAAUAAACUUCUCCCAGGAGGGACUGCAGUAGCUUCUGAGGAGAUGGAGACUGAAGCACAUGUAUCCCAGAUGGAACACAAAGGAAAGGAGCAUCAGGAAGAGCAAGGGUUGAAUGAUAAUGAAAACGAGCCAAUGAUCCUUGCUGUUGAUGAGAAGGAAGGGGAGACUGCAGAGCUAGGUUCCCAAGGUAUUGAAAGAGAAGACCUUUCAGACCUACCUUGUCCUGAGAAAGGGGCAGAGCCUAUAGGAGUUGCAGAGACAGAGGAAGCGGACUGCACAGAUGUUGGAGCAAAAGACAAUGUUGCAGUGUAUGAUGCACCAAGAAUUAGCGAUGUCCAAAGUGAAAGCAGUGACGAGAAAAAAGUUUUGGAACAGAAAUUGGGUGAAAGUGAAGUAGAGAGAAAAGGUCAAGCAAGUCCCAAGGUAGAUGAUGGCCUUUCACAGGAAGGAGGAGACAGUGAGAAUGUCCUUCCUCUUCAAUCAAGUCUAGGUGGUAAGGCAAAGGGACGUGAUCCUGAGGAGAUGGAUCAGGAGAAUUCGGCAGAAGAUGGCAAAGGCCAAAGAUAUGAAGAUCUAGACAAGGAGAUAAAGACUGAAGUGAGUGAAAUGAAUCCACAGGAAAAGGCUGACGAAGCAAUGGACACCAGUAUUCAAGAAAUGGAUGACAGGGUCCAAGGCAAAGAGAUCCCUGCCACAGAGUCUCCUGGAAGCAAUGUAAGAGCAACCUCGGAGGAAAAGGAUAAGGAAAAAGCAGAAGAUAAUGCUGUCACCAAAGAGGAAACCAGUGAAAGGACCCUGGGAGAGACUCGAGUAAGGCCAGAAGGGGAAAUUCAAGAAAAGACAGAAGAAAUUCAAGGAAAGAAAGAAGGAGAGACUCAAGAAAAGACAGGAGAAACUCAAGAAAAGACAAGAGAAACUCAAAGAAAGACAAAUGAGACUCCUGGAAAGAGAGAAGAUACUCAAUUUAAGACGGAAAGAGAACAUGAAGGAAAGACGGAAAGAGAGACUCAAGGAAAGAAAGAAGGAGAUUCUCAAGAAAAUACAGGAGAAAUUCAAGAAAAGAUGGAAGAAGAGCCUCAUGGAACGACUCAAUUAGAGACUCAAGGAAAGAUGGAAGGAGAUUCUCAAGAAAAUACAGGAGAAACUCAAGAAAAGAUGGAAGGAGAUUCUCAAGAAAAUACAGGAGAGACUAAAGGAAAGACAGUAGAGACUCAAGAAAAGACAGGAGAGACUCAAGAAAAGGCAGGAGAGACUCAACGAAAGCAAGAAGAGGGGACUCAAGGAAAGACAGAAGAAACUCAACAAACAGCAAGAGACACUCAAGGAAAGAUGGUACAGUCUCAAGGACAGAAGGAAGGGGAUACUCAAGGAAAGGGAGAAGGAGAGAUCGUGGUUGAUGAAAAGACCAAGAAGAGGCAUCUUCAAUUGAUUGAUGCUUGUCUUGGAGCCAUGAGGUUGUGUCUUCAGCGAUUUCCUCAGCAUUACAAGGCAGCGUACAGAAUGGCUUACCUGUAUGCCUAUGCUCCAACACAUAAGAACUUAGCCUGGAGUAAGGACAUCUUGAUCGGUAGUAGCAGUGGGUAUCCGCCAAAGAUUCCUAUGGAUCACAUUGUUGCACCGGGCCUCUUCUCGGAGCAGCACAAGAGCAAGAAUCUCUUCCAGGGAAUCUGGAGGAAUCCUAUACAGGAUAUUGAUCGGUCUGGUAGUUUCCCGUGGCACAUGUAUCGCUCGGUGGCUCUCCUGGUCUACAUCCUACGGGAAUUGAAAGACUACAUCCUCCUGCUACAGGUCACCUCAAAACUCUAUCGCAUUCCAGAACAGGGCAAGAAAUACCUCAGGGAUGCAGACCGUCUUUUCCUGGCGCGGGAAGCUUUCGACUCGUACCGGGAAACCGUCCAAUCACUGCUUGUCGUACCGACGGCGACAGCCGAGCGAUGCCUUUCACUCCUGCUUUCGUCUUAUCGCUGUUUCCAGUAUACCCAAAUGAAGCAGCCAGCCCUUGCGUCUCAUGCCUCGGAGCUGAUGACCACUGCCUUCAAGGCGCUUAAAGGCGAUCCGAUCGAGCCAGGGCCACCUUUGGUAGACCAAGCUACAAGGUUCUGUGAACACCACAUGACCAUUCACAAGAUACCUAGGACUCCAACCCAUGCUGAGGGUGUCCAAUCCAAGGGCUAUCAACGAGACUUUCUGUCUGGCUCCACAAGACCUGGGGUGUCCUCAGAGACUAGGAGACCUAGUGGCCGAUCUUCUUCAUCCAGUUCAGACCAAGGAGGGGUUGGUGAGCAAUUGGAACAGGAUGGGAAGACCACAGACAGAGGAGAACCAAUAGAAUAUGUGGAAGGUGGGGCAAGUAGGACGAAGGCUGCUGCAGGAGGUAGUGUUGGUAUGCCUGUGAAGACGUCGGUGGACAGUACCAUCCAUGUGAGCUCAAGAAAUGCAGAACCAGGAGGCAAGGAAGGACUGGUGCCUGGUGAAGAGCCAAGGGCCACAUCUCGGGAGGGUGGUAGUACAAGGAAAGUGGAAGGAAGCACCUCCAGGACGCCAGAAGGUGGAGUAAAGCGCCGGUUUUAUGAGAUGGAAAGUACAGGCGCGAACAUUGCAAGUAUAGUCCAGGCUGCAGCACGCCAGUAUGAAAAGACAGAGGCUCAGCGGAGAGAGAGGCUCGGGCAGAGUUCAUCUGUGAUUCCUCAAGCGAAACGAUUUGCCAGUGGCAGCAUGGAAACUCCCGGUGGCAAGGCCUUCUAUGAGUCAACCCCAAGAGUACAUAUUGGAGCACUUGGCUCUGUGACUACUUCUCCUAAGCAACCUCAACAGCGUCCCAGUUCUUUAGUUGGGACAAGCAAGCAGGCUGUAUUCUCAGCCUCAUCAGCAAGUAUUUCAAUAAUAGGGAGCAUGCAGGUUGGUCACUCUCAGAGUCUACCAAAAGGCCCUUCGCGACAGUCCCAGGGAUUGAUCAAGAAAUCUGUUGCCACUAAAAGUCCUCUUUCGCCACCACCCUCAGGCACAGGAUCCUUUGCAGACAGUUUCCAGAAGUUCCUGAAGACGCAGCAGAAGCAGUUGAGCUCUGUCGUCAGAACCUUCAACAUCCCUAGUCCUGAAUCCUCAGUGAGGCAGAAUCCUGCUCCUGUCAGCAAGGUCGUGUCAGGAUCGUUGCUAGGGCAGAUUGGUCUGGGGUCAAUCAUGCCGAAGGCUCGGCAAACUCCUGGUGCGACUGUUGCUUCAGUGCGACCCAAACUCCCUGUUGCUUCUGUCCGACCUAAACCACCUGUUGCUUCUGCCCAUGCUUCUCCAAGUCAAAGCAGCGCUCGGCCACCAAUGCCACAUCCUGGAAUCUCUCAAGUAGCAAAGAUCACAUCAUCCACGUCCUCCGCACCAGGGGUCAGACAAGUGUCGAAAGUCGGAGGUCACAGAGAAUCACCGGCUGCUGGGAGAAUGCAGUCCUCACUUAUGCCAUCAAGAUUGCCAACAGCUAAUGUUGGCAGAGGAACUACAACACCGGAAGCCUCGAGGAUGGUCCAGCCUGGUAGCUCCAGUGUUCCUGAGAGGACUCAGGGCAGUGGCGAUGACCUUCUAUCCAUUAUUGAAAGUACGGACCAAACAAGGACAUAGUGCCAAUAAUGCACGUUGCUUGCCAGAACUUUCUGGGCUGCAUUCGAGGCUGAGCAGAAAUUCUGUAAAUCAUUGACCUUGACAAAGAGAAAAGAUCUCUCCCAGUAUGCUCUUAUAUUAUUGUGUUGGAAGAAGAGUUUAUGGCAGGACUUUUUUGCUCAUGUAAAAUCGAGGGUAGGAUUCACUUUGAAGUGGUACUCCAGGUUGAAAAUAGUAUGAUUUGAACAGAUAAAGAAAAAUCAGACAAACAAACGGCCAAAAAUUGAUAUAAAUCGGACAAGGAAUAACAAAGUUAUGACAUUUUAAAGUUUUGCAAUAUUCCGGUGAAACAGUUCUCGGCAUGUCUUCGUGAAUAUUCAAUGACCAAAUUGAUUAUGUCAUAUCACCACCAGGGGGGGCGUUUCAUGAAAGGACUUGUCAGACGUUUUAUCCGACAAGUCCCAUUUUAUCCGACAGUUACCAUAGUAACAGUACCUCUCAGCCAAUCAACAUCAGAGAAAGAUGUCAGAUCUGACAACUUGUCGGAUGAAAAUGUUGACGAAACACUCCCAUGUUCUUUUGUAUUUUCUUACAUGAAAUUAGGCUUAUAAAAAAAAUUUCCUCCAAGAAUAAAAUAAUUGGAUUGAAAACUGAUUUAGUUCAUUAGAUAUUCAUUGCUGCAACUUUUUUCAAUACACUGGAGAUAUACCAUUCACACUCGAAUGAAAUAAUGAAACAAUUAUGAUUUCAUGUAAUAACAUAAGAAAAAGGAAAGUGAGGAUGUUACAUCAUCAGCCCACCUAAUGAAUAUUCAUGACAAUGUGCAUAUAACUUUUUUUAAACAAAAUAUUGCUAAACUUAAAAAUUCUAUAACUUUAUUUGUUAUCAGAUUUUGAUGAAAUUGUCAGCAUUUUGCUCUGUGACUUCUACUCUAUUUAUUUAGAUAUACAGCCCGGAGUACCCCUUUUGAUAGCAGAAUUUUUAUUGAUUGUAUUCAUCUGAAACUCAUUUUGGCAUUCUUCCCACUUCUGCUCUUCUUCUUCUCAUCCUCCUACUCCUUUGCUUCAAUCUUCCUUACUCCCAAAUUUCCCAGAGUAGGAUCCAAACAGGCAAAGGUGUGCCAAUGUUAGUGGCGUGAAGAGUAAAGAUAUGUGUUACUUUUUGUUUCGUCUAGGUUUGUCAAUGUCUGAAUUUUUUUUCUCUAUUACUUGAGACUUUUUCUCUUUAUUGAAUCAUGACUGCCCCUCGCUGUCCCUAUCUGAAAUCGUGAUACUGCUAGUAUCAACAAUACCCUCUUGAUAACUUGUAUUAGCAGAAGAGUUUUGUCACUGUUUAAAUGUUAUACUUACAUGACAAUAAAUUGAUCCUCGAGUACAUUUUGUUGUGCAUAUCAUGCAUCAUGAUAUUAAUGAUAUUAUUUACUCUGUUAAACAUUUUAAAUGUUUAUUUUCAAUUAAAUUCCCAUUUUUUCAUAGCAAUCCCGAUAGACACUUCAAAUAAGCCGGAUCAAGAUUUCUUCCUCUGAGUAUAUAAAGGGGCAUUUCUUACUUUUUAUUUCAACACGAAUUUGAUUCUAAGUUUAUAGAAUGUCAUGUCAAUGGGUAUUACCAAGGCAUUUGUUUAGCGACCGCAUCCAUAGCAAACUCAGUCUAUUACAAGAACCUGGGACUCAGGCCGAGGCCAAGGCCGGCAAAAUGUGGCCUGGAGACUGGCCUUGAUUACAUCCCUGUAUACAGGGCUCAAAGUUUUAUGGAAGAGGAGUUUCAUCAGCUUUGCUUGAAUGACAUAUGUAAAUUGUGUAUAAAAUAUGUUUUGUAAAAUUGAACAUUUUUUUGCAUUAAAUGCAUCAUCAUGUGCCAAUUUGUGACAGUCAUAUGGAACAAAGGUGAAUGACAUGUGAUUAGAAAUGAA